UGGACCAGUCCCAUUUCGCCCCCCGAAUGCCGUGGUUCGCCUAUGCCAGGAUUUCAGAGGAACGCGUCUUAGAGGCGAUGUCUCGCGUGCCAGCGUCACAGCACAAGAACGGAGGGUUCAUCAUAUAUUCGAAGCCGAAGUUCGGAAGGGCACCCUUUUGGAGAGAACCUAAGCCACCUGCUCAUGUUAGAUCGUGCAUUCGCGAGCACAGCGGUGGAUCGAGCGCCCCGCAAUCAUCGCUGCAGGGUGGCAUCCAGAAGUACGCGACAGAUCACGACAUGAAGCUGACGGACAAAAACAUCGAGAAGGUUGCCUACAAACUACGCGCACUGAUCAGCCAACUCCACUUCCAGAAGAACAUGGAUAUGCCAACCCCGACUGGUUUUGCAUAAUCGUUCUCGUCCAUAUUCGACAUGGUCGCCGCGCAGAAGGACGAGGCCCUCGCCGAACAGGACGUCGUCGUAAUGUCGCUUGCGGCGACUGUCGCCGGCAUACUGGAGGUCUGGGAUUCAGGUGACGACGAGGAGGGCGAGGUCGACGCAGAGGAGCUCCUGACCAAUACCGACCCCGACCCGCUGAAGCUCUUGCAGGCUGGAGACCCUGAAGAGGCUGCAAAACCACCAGCUGCUUCCGAACCACAAGUGCCGGACUGCUCUCCUUCGGCGUCGGCGGAGAUCAAAUUUCUAGCGAUGGCGCCGUUCAUUCCACCGAGCGACCAUGAUUGGAGGGCCCUCAACAAGCAGAGGGCGGCGGCGGCGGCUGGGAAACGGGGCGAGCCCAAAGCCAAGGCCAAGGGCGAGACCCAGAGGAGGGGCAAAGGCGGCAAGACCAGCACAAAGGGCAAGAAGAAGACGAAGGCAAUUUUGCACAAGAGGCCAGCAGCAGUUGACCGCGCGUCCGCGGCGAGCACGAGCGCCACAGAGUUGAAGGCCCACAGGAUGCGCGAGCGCAGCAAAGCGCGGCAUCACGCUCGCGCGGCGCAGCUAGCAGCUGGCACGCCAGAGGCCGAUACGAAGGCGGCAGCGUCGGCGGCUGGGACGGCAAGAACGGCCGAGAUCGAGAAGGCCCGCGCUGAGGCCCUCGAGGCCGCUUCGACGCGAGCAGGCGCGGUUCGGCGUCGGGGCAGCCGCAAGCUUCGGGGCACUCAGCAUGUCGCUUUGGAUCGCUCGUGUUUUUUUCGGCGCGGCAUGCCGGGGCAGUUUUACUUUAGCCCUAUCCAGCGAUGCACCUUGACAUAGGCACAGCAUGAGCCAGCGAUGGGGCGCUGGCAACAGAGCAGGCUCAGAGCGCGCACGGA